CACACACACUUUAGUGGCUUACAUCUCCCCCUUAUUUGUUGCCUUCUUUUUAUUCUUCUUCAUCAGUAGAAGCAGAACAACAACCUUUGAGUGGGAGAGAGGAAGAAGAGAAUGGCAACACAGGCACUGGUUUCAUCAUCAUCUAUUACCUCUUCAGUGGAGGCUGCUAGACAAUUACUGGGUGGAAGACCACUUCAAUCCCCACCAAGGAAGGUUUCCUUUAUUGUAAGGGCAGCUUCUACUCCUCCUGUAAAGCAAGGAGCAGACAGACCCCUCUGGUUUGCCUCCAAGCAAAGCCUUUCUUACUUGGAUGGCAGCCUCCCAGGUGACUAUGGAUUUGAUCCACUAGGCCUCUCAGACCCUGAAGGUACAGGAGGCUUCAUCGAGCCAAAAUGGCUGGCCUACGGAGAGGUCAUCAAUGGGCGUUACGCUAUGCUGGGCGCAGUGGGAGCCAUUGCACCCGAGAUAUUCGGGAAGCUGGGCCUCAUCCCACCAGAAACAGCCCUCCCCUGGUUCAAGACCGGCGUGAUUCCUCCGGCCGGGACAUACGAUUACUGGGCAGAUCCUUACACACUGUUUGUAUUCGAGAUGGCACUGAUGGGAUUUGCAGAGCACAGGAGAUUCCAAGACUGGGCCAAGCCAGGGUGCUUGGGCAAGCAGUACUUCUUAGGGUUGGAGAAAUACUUGGGAGGGUCUGGUGACCCUCCAUACCCUGGAGGACCACUCUUUAACCCUCUUGGUUUUGGGAAAGAUGAGAAGUCCAUGAAGGAGAUGAAGCUGAAGGAGGUCAAGAAUGGAAGAUUGGCCAUGUUGGCCAUUCUGGGUUACUUUGUACAAGGUCUGGUGACAGGGGUUGGACCCUUCCAAAACCUCCUGGAUCAUUUGGCUGACCCUGUCAACAACAAUGUCUUGACCAGCCUCAAAUUCCAUUAGAUUUAUGCUGGCUCUCCCUUUCUUGUAACAUCAUGUGCAGGCUUUAUUUCGCAUAUUAUUUGUAAUAUGUAACCAUGAAUCCUUGUUACUGUCACAAAUCCGAAUCUUAGUAUGGCUUCCCCGGA